UGUUGCGGAGAGGCUUGCGGGGUCGGGAUGUUGGAGGCGCGUGCGGUCCAGGAGCAGAGCGCGGCGGGCCCGUGUCCCGCAGGCUUCGUGUUAGGGCUGGACGUGGGCAGCUCCGUGAUCCGCUGCCACGUCUAUGACCACGCGACGCUGAUCCGCGGCUCCAGCGCGCAGAAGAUAGAAAGUCUUCAUCCUCAAGCUGGCUGGGUUGAAAUUGAUCCCGAUGUUCUCUGGCUUCAGUUUGUGACUGUAAUAAAAGAAUCUGUUCAAGCUGCUGGGAUAGAGAUGAAUCAAGUUGUUGGUCUUGGCAUUUCAACACAGAGAGGAACUUUUAUUACGUGGAACAAGAAAACAGGAAAUCAUUUUCACAACUUCAUUAGUUGGCAAGACCUAAGAGCUGUUGAACUUGUAAAAUCUUGGAAUAAUUCGCUCAGACUGAAGCUAUUACAGAAUUUCUGCCGAGUGCUGCACUUUUUUACUAGAAAUAAACGAUUUUUAACAGUCAGUUUGUUCAGUUUCACAAACCAGCAUGUUUCUUUGAGAUUGGCCUGGAUUUUACAGAACUUGGUUGAGGUGCAAAAUGCAGUUGAAGAAGAUAAUUGCUGCUUUGGGACUAUUGAUACCUGGUUGUUACAUAAGCUCACAAAAGGUUCUGAAUUUGCCACAGAUUUUUCAAAUGCCAGUGCAACUGGACUAUUUGACCCUUUUAAGAUGCACUGGAGCAGGAUCCUUGCUUCCCUGCUUUCAGUACCACUGUCUAUGCUGCCUCCUGUGAGGGAUACAAGCCACAAUUUUGGAUCAGUGGAUGAAGAGAUAUUUGGUGUGCCUAUACCAAUAGUGGCCUUGGUCGCCGAUCAGCAGUCAGCCAUGUUUGGAGAGUGCUGCUUCCACACAGGAGAUGUGAAACUAACUAUGGGAACUGGGACAUUUUUGGAUAUUAAUACUGGAAAUAACCUUCAACAUAGUGUUGGAGGGUUUUAUCCUCUAAUUGGGUGGAAGAUUGGCCAAGAAGUUGUAUGCUUAGCUGAAAGCAAUGCAGGAGACACUGGUACUAUCAUAAAUUGGGCUCAAGAAUUAGAUCUUUUCACAGAUGCUGCUGAGACUGAAAAAAUGGCCAAAAGUUUAGAAGAUUCUGAAGGAGUCUGUUUUGUUCCAUCUUUUAAUGGAUUGCAGGCUCCACUAAAUGAUCCCUGUGCAUGUGCCUCUUUUAUGGGCUUGAAGCCUUCCACCAAUAAAUACCAUCUCGUACGAGCAAUAUUGGAGUCCAUAGCUUUCAGAAACAAACAGUUGUAUGAGUUGAUGCAGAAAGAGAUCCAUAUCCCUGUGACAAAAGUCCGGGCAGAUGGAGGAGUUUGUAGGAACAAUUUUGUUAUGCAGAUGACUUCAGACCUGAUUAAUGCUAAUAUAGAGAGACCCGUCAACAUAGACAUGUCCUGCCUUGGUGCAGCUUUUCUGGCUGGCCUUGCUGUUGGGUUUUGGGCUGACAAGGAGGAACUGAAGAAACUGAGGCAAAGUGAAGUUGUUUUCAAGCCGCAGAAGAAAUGGCAAGAAUAUGAAAUGAGCAUGGAAAACUGGGUCAAAGCAGUAAAGCGUUCCAUGAAUUGGUAUAACAAGAUGUAGCACUAAGUGGAAUGACUGAAACCAUAUACAGCUGGUUGAUACGACACGCAGAUGAGACACAGCUCAGGGAUGAUAACCAAUACGACGAUGACUGAGA